CAGGCACCAACCGCUUCAGGGAGAGACCAAUCGAUAGCCGACCGAACCACUCGUUGCUGUCGUGAUAAUAGAGGAACUAUGAUUAAUACGGUUAAUUUCUGGAAUCGCGGCAACUUCUACUGCCGUGUCCCGAACUCUGUUACUCCGGCCGAUUGGGAUCAGAAUUGCUGCCGUAAGUGGUAUGGAAGUGGGACUUACGGAUUUUGCAAUCAAUCAACUUGA